UCACAGCCCGAAAAGGAAUUAUCUCUAUCGCCGGUUCUCUCCCUCGGGACUUCACAGCAACAGCCCACAGCCGACGGUGAACUCUCCGUCCUCCAUUUCCUGUUUCAUAUUUAACGUCGUUGUUCCUGCCUGAAAAGAAUCAUAGCUUAAUCAUCGUCGUUCUGGUUUCAAUCAUUAUCUUAGACAUCAAUCAACUUGUCAUCCAACAAUUUCGUAGUUCCGUGGUGGUCUGACUCGUCUCAUCGUCACUCAACUCGCCGGAGAGGGAGAAGGAGGGCAUUAAGGUCAUUUAUCAUAAUCCUGUAGUUGGUUAUCCCUGCUACAACAAUUGUAGAGGAACUCCAUCUGUGUUUGAAACAAGUUCUUCAUCUACACUCUCACCAAUGAGGGAAGAAGAAGUUAACCGGUGCCAAAUUCAAGAAUGGUACCCAAAGUUUAAAUCCAUGUCCAUCAAAACCCUGAUUCAUGAACUUCCAGAGUCUUUUGUUGAGUAUCUUCUUGAUGACUCUGGGCCUUUUGUCCUUCCUGCUUCUGUCUCAAAUGAUGAUGCCCUUCCCAAUAGAAUCCAUAAUCCUUAUGAAGAAGAAGACUAUCAGGUAUCAGAAGGAUCUGGGGAUGAAGCAGAACCGUCAUCUCCUCCUUCUUUUCCUGAACUAGAACUAAAGAUUAAGCAAUCUAUUGAAUCCCUCGGGGGUGCAGUUUUCCCAAAGUUGAACUGGAGUGCACCAAAAGACUCCUCAUGGAUUAGUACAUCUGGGACCCUUCGAUGCACUUCAUUUAGUGAGAUUGCACUCUUGCUAAGGUCAUCGGAUUCAUUGGUACAUGAUCUGUGUCAUGCAUAUGAUUCAUGUACUGAUAGAACCUUAUCAAGACCCCCAAGGUUCUUCCUUGCCCUUCGCAAGUGGUAUCCAUCUUUACGACCAGAGCUGGAAUUUCGUUGUUUUGUAUGGGGUCAAUGCCUAGUUGGAAUUUCUCAGCGUGAAGUCACAACAUUUUAUCCGGCCCUCUGUGAGAAGAAAGAUGGUCUAAAAGAAUUGGUUCAAGAGUUUUUUGACAACAACGUGAGAGAGAAAUUCAAAUUGGAAAAUUACACAUUUGAUGUUUAUGUCACAAAAGAUGAGCAUGUUAAGGUUUUGGAUUUUAAUCCUUGGGGUGCAUUUACCCUGCCACUACUAUUUGCCUGGGAGGAAUUGGAGCAGAAUCUUGGAGAAGAAGGUGAUGCUGUGGACUUUAGAAUUGUGGAGAGCCAAUGUGGUGUUAGGCCUGGUUUAAAGACAGCUGUGCCAUAUGACUACCUGGAUACCAGUGAGGGAAGUGGUUGGGAUCAAUUUCUUAGGAAUGCUGAUGAGGAGCUGCAUCGACAAACCAGAUCACCUGAAGCAGGUGCUUGAGGAUCUUUUUUAUUCUUUGCUUAAGUCCCCUAUUUUGAUUCACAUUUUUCCUCUAAAGGCUUAUAUUAUACAUUUGGUUGAACUACUUAUUCAAACAAAAAAUGUGCAGGGGUAAUCUUAUAAACAUUUGAACAAUAUUACGUAUACCUACUUUGAGUAUACAAAUAUGUAAUGAGUAUACACUUAUUUAUAUCAUGAUAUAAUUGAAUGUUAUUGUA